GUUUCAACUUCCGGUCUGUAAUCAUGCUUUUGAUUUCAUGCUCUUGUUUGGUUGCCGAGAAAAUAAACGAAAAAGAAAACGCAGGAAAAUUUUCUAAGGUUGAACUGUCAUUUGCCCCAUUCUGUUGUGAGGUUUGGUUUUUUUUUUUUUUGGGUUUUUUAAUUUUCUCGCCAAGCAAACGGACUAUUAGUUUUGCGGAAUUUUGGAGUAGUCAAAAGCAGCACAUUUUCUUUUCUUUUCUUUUCUGGUUUGCAAUCUGAUGUGAAUUCUUUUUUGUUUGCUGAGAAAUUACAAAAAUGAAGCUCUGUGACAUCCCAAACGGAAAAUCAAUACAGAGAUGACGAAAUUAUAUCAUUGAAGAACUAGGUUUCGCUCUGAAAAUACAGUCUCCCUGCACUUUGACAUUCACAUUUUCAAUUAUUCAUCUCAUUCACCAACAAAAUACAGUAGGGAAUAGCUAAAUUGAGUGGAGCAUUGUUGUUAGUUCCUUAUGGUUGUCAAUUAACUGAACUUAUCCUCAAUGUUGAGAAAUAAAAAUUGAGGUUUCUGGCAGUCAAUCUCACGUGCUCAUUGUGACUCGUGUUUCAAAUGCCAGUGCAGUCAUGUGGUGGAACAUCUACAGUGUAUGCCUCAUCCAUCUUAUUUUCUUCCAAAGGGCCUUUUUGUGUCCCAAAUCCAAAGAUUCAUACCUAAAAAAUGGAAACAAAGUAUCAAACCAGUAGAUAUUCAACAUGUUCAUCCAUCUGCGUCCUGCAAUGCACUAGAAUCUGCCCAAGAGACAUUCACAAGUGUUGAUGCAUCUAUGAUAGAUUCCCUUCUCACAUCCUUGAAGGAGUUCACAAGCCGAGGCAAUCUAUUGGAUGCCUUCAAAACUCUCUCUUUGAUUAGACUCCAUGCUUCUUCUGCUUCUCAGGACCUCAUUGUACACCCCAUAUCUUCUCUUUUAUCAUCAUGUACUGAUGUCAAAUCCCUUGCAGAGGGUCGACAGCUCCAUGGCCACAUUAUAUCUUUGGGUUUUGAACAACAUCCCAUUUUGGUUCCUAAGCUUGUCACCUUCUACUCAGCCUUUAAUCUCCUGGUUGAUGCCCAUGUUAUAACUGAGAAUUCAAAUAUUUUGCAUCCUUUUCCUUGGAAUCUGCUUAUCUCUUCCUAUGUUAGAAAUGGGUUUUGUCAGAAGGCUCUGUCUGCCUAUAAACAAAUGGUGAAGAAAGGGAUUAGACCAGAUAAUUUCACUUAUCCAUCUGUUCUCAAGGCUUGUGGUGAAGAACUUGAUUUGGGCUUCGGAAAGGAGGUUCAUGAGUCCAUCAAUGCUAGUCGUAUUAAGUGGAGCUUGAUUGUGCAUAAUGCAUUAAUUUCCAUGUAUGGUAAGUGUGGGAAGGUGGGUAUUGCUCGUGACUUGUUUGAUAAAAUUCCAGAAAGGGAUGCAGUUUCUUGGAACUCAAUGAUUUCAGUUUACGCCUCCAUGGGUAUGUGGAAUGAAGCAUUUGAGCUUUUUGGAAGCAUGUGGGCAGAGGAUAUUGAAUUGAACAUUAUUAUUUGGAAUACCAUAGCUGGGGGUUACUUGCGGACAGGUAAUUAUAAGGGUGCACUAGAAUUGCUUUCUCAGAUGAGAAAACGUGGCAGUCAUUUGGAUUCUGUGGCAUUGAUCAUUGGUUUGGGUGCAUGUUCCCAUAUUGGGGAUGCAAAACUGGGGAAAGAGAUCCACAGUUUUGCAAUCCGUAGUUGUUUUGGUGAGGUUGAUACUGUAAAAAAUGCAUUAAUCACUAUGUAUUCUAGGUGUAAAGAUCUCAAGCAUGCAUAUUUGUUAUUCCAAUUGAUGGAAGCUAAGAGUUUAAUUACCUGGAACUCCAUAAUUUCUGGUUGCUGUCAUAUGGAUCGAUCCGAGGAAGCCUCCUUCCUUUUAAGAGAGAUGUUGCUUUCUGGCAUUGAACCAAAUUAUGUGACAAUUGCAAGCGUUCUUCCUCUCUGUGCUCGAGUAGCAAAUUUGCAACAUGGGAAAGAGUUCCACUGCUACAUGACUAGGCGUGAGGAUUUCAAGGAUCAUCUGUUACUAUGGAAUGCUCUUGUGGAUAUGUAUGCAAGAUCAGGAAAAGUUUUAGAAGCUAGAAGAGUGUUUGAUAUGUUGGGUGAGAAGGAUAAGAUGACUUAUACCUCCAUGAUUGCUGGAUAUGGGAUGCAAGGAGAGGGACAGGCUGCAUUAAAACUGUUUGAAGAGAUGAACAAUUUCCAGAUCAAACCUGAUCAUAUAACCAUGAUUGCAGUUCUAUCAGCAUGCAGCCAUUCAGGUCUUGUAACUCAAGGUCAACUGCUUUUUGAAAAAAUGAGGAGUCUCUAUGGUCUUACUCCACAUUUAGAGCACUUUGCUUGCAUGACUGAUCUUUUUGGUAGGGCAGGUUUAUUAAAUAAGGCAAAGGAAAUAAUUAGAAAUAUGCCUUACAAGCCAACUCCUGCUAUGUGGGCCACUCUCAUAGGAGCCUGUCGGAUUCAUCGAAAUACAGAGAUAGGGGAAUGGGCAGCUGAAAAACUGUUGGAAAUGAAGCCUGAAAAUCCAGGAUACUAUGUGUUGAUUGCUAACAUGUAUGCUGCUGCUGGGUGUUGGAACAAGCUUGCAAAGGUGAGAACUUUCAUGAGGGAUUUGGGUGUGAGAAAGGCUCCUGGAUGUGCUUGGGUUGAUGUAGGCACUGGGUUUUCUCCCUUUCUGGUGGAUGACACAUCAAAUGCUAAUGCAGAUGAGAUUUAUCCUUUGUUGGAAGGAUUGACCAUGGUAAUGAAAGAAGCCGGUUAUAUUUCCAGUGAAGAUUUUGGUUCUGGUGAUGAAACUUCCGGGGAAUUCAAUGAGGAAAUGAAAUUAGUAUCAAACAAUAGAUGUUGAACUGAGGAGAUACAAAGAUCUUGACACAGGAGGGAGCUUGGUGCCAUCUGUGUGGAAGGGGCUAAUAUCCCAGAUUCUAAUUCUUAGGUAAGUGUCCAACCUUGCAGCAGAUGCCAAUUAAUUGCUUCAAAGUUUGGGAUUGAUUUGGCACUCAACCCCUUGACCGAUUGUGCUUCUUGUGCUUGGAGAGACGAUCAAUGCUGUCUUCCAUAGAAACAGCUGGCAGCUUUAAAGAUUUUGAGGGCUUCUGCCAGGUUGUAAGAGACCAACUCAUCUUGAUAUUGAAGGGGCUUCUAAUGUUGGGAAGAGGGGCUGAACCACCUUAUCAGGACCUCUUACCGAUGAAAGCUGCAACCCCUGCUGAAGGGAAGAGGCCUUCCAUUCUGUUGUUGUUUCCAUUGUUAAUUGCUUUGAAGAUGCUAAAGAGGAAGCAGAAGGAAGAAUGAAGCUCUGGCAAAGAAAAUAGAAUGCAUCAUUGGAUGUACGUAAGUGCCAUGUAACACCUACACGGCUGAGGAGUAAAUUUAUUUUUUUAUACCUGUUGAAAAAGGAGAAAAAUGAAAAAAAUAAUAAAUUACUUUA